AUGGAUGUCGCUACUGAAAUUAUGAAACAAGUUGUUCAAAUUCUCAUGGUUCCAGUAAAGAAACACCUAGGCUACAUGAUAUCUUGCACAAAAUACACAAGGGAUAUGGGUAUCAAAAUGGCAGAGUUGAAUGUUGCAAGACUCGGAAUUGAGGAGCGUACGAAUCAUAACACAAGUAAUCGUCUUGAGGUUCCAGCGCAAGUUAGUGGUUGGCUGGAAGAAGUAGGAAAGAUCAACGGAAAAGUGGAAAGCAUUCCUAGUGACGUUGGCAGUUGUUUUGAUCUAAAAAUUAGGCACAAGGUCGGAAGGAAAGCCUUCAAUAUAAUUGAGGAGAUCGACAGUGUUAUGAGACGACACUCUAUGAUCACUUGGACUGAUCAUCCCAUUCCUCUCGGAAGAGUUGAUUCCAUGAACGCAUCCACCUCUACAUCAUCAAAUAAUUACAAUAACUUCCAGUCAAGAGAGGUUACUUUUACAAAAGCACUCAAAGCACUCGGAGUGAACCAAAAAUCCCACAUGAUAGCCUUAUGUGGGAUGGGCGGAGUGGGGAAGACCACAAUGAUGCAAAGGCUGAAAAAGGUUGUGCAUGAAAAGAAAAUGUUUAACUUUAUUGUUGAAGCAAUUAUAGGGGAAAAGACAGACCCCGUUGCCAUUCAGGACGCUAUAGCAGAUUACCUAGGUGUAGAGCUCAAUGAAAAAUCUAAGCAAGCAAGAGCUGAUAAGCUCCGUCAAGGAUUCAAGGCCAAAUCAGAUGGAGGCAAAAAUAAGUUCUUUGUAAUACUUGACGAUGUCUGGCAGUCCGUUGAUCUGGAAGAUAUUGGUUUAAGUCCUUUUCCAAAUCAAGGUGUCGACUUCAAGGUCUUGUUGACAUCACGAGACAGACAUGUUUGCACAGUAAUGGGGGUUGAAGCUAAUUUAAUUUUUAACGUGGGACUUCUAAUUGAAGCUGAAGCACAAAGUUUGUUCCACCAAUUUGUAGUCACUUCUGAGCCCGAGCUCCAUAAGAUAGGAGAAGAUAUUGUAAAGAAGUGUUUCGGUCUGCCAAUUGCCAUCAAAACCAUGGCGUGUACUCUACGACAUAAAAGAAAGGAUGCAUGGAUGGAUGCACUUUCACGUUUAGAGCACCAUGACAUUCACAGUGUUGUGCCUAAAGUCUUUGAAACGAGCUACAACAAUCUCAAAGACAAGGAGACUAAAUCCGUAUUUUUGAUGUGUGGUUUGUUUCUUGAAGACUUUGAUAUACCUAUCGAGGAGUUGAUGAGGUAUGGAUGGGGCUUAAAGUUAUUUGAUAAAGUUAAUACUAUUAGACAAGCAAGAAACAGGCUCAACACCUGCAUUGAGCGACUGGUGCAGACAAAUUUGUUAAUUGAAAGUGAUGAUGGUGUGCAUGUCAAGAUGCAUGAUCUGGUUCGUGCUUUUGUUUUGGGAAUGUUUUCUGAAGUGGAGCAUGCUUCAAUUAUAAACCAUGGUAAUAUGCCCGAGUGGACUGAAAAUGAUAUCAGUGACUCUUGCAAACAAAUUUCAUUAACAUGCAAGAGUAUGUUGGAAUUUCCCGGAGACCUCAAGUUUCCAAACCUAAAGAUUUUGAAACUUAUGCAUGGAGGUAAGUCACUAAGGUAUCCUCAAGACUUUUAUCAAGGAAUGGAAAAGCUUGAGGUUAUAUCAUACGAUGAAAUGAAGUAUCCAUUGCUUCCCUCGUUACCUCAAUGUUCCACCGUCCUUCGAGUGCUUCAUCUCCAUAAAUGUUCAUUAAGGAUGUUUGAUUGCUCUUCAAUCGGUAAUCUUUUCAACAUGGAAGUGCUCAGCUUUGCUAAUUCUAACAUUGAAUUGUUACCUUCCGUAAUCGGAAAUUUGAAGAAAUUGCGGCUGCUAGAUUUGACAAACUGUUAUGGUGUUCGUAUAGAAAAGGAUGUCUUGAAAUAUUUGGUGAAACUUGAAGAACUUUAUAUUAGGAAUGGGUCUACCCGGUUUACAGAGGAUAACUACAAAGAGAUAGCAGAGCGUUCAAACAACCUUUCUACGUUAGAAUUUGAGUUCUUUAAUAACAACGCUCAAGUGAAGAAUAUGUCAUUUGAGAAUCUUGAACGAUUCAAGAUCUCAGUGGGACGGUUUUUAGAUGGAGAUAUCGGUAAGAGUAGCCUCUCAUAUGAAAACACGUUGCAUUUGGUGACCAACAAAAGUGAAGUAAUCAACUCUAAACUUAAUGAGUUGUUUGUGAAAACGAAGGUGCUUUUUUUAAGUGUGGAUGGUAUGAAUGAUCUUGAAGAUGUUGAGGUAAAGUCGACACAUCCUCCUCAAUCCUCUUCAUUCUGCUAUUUAAGAGUCCUUUUCAUUUCAGAGUGUGUAGAGUUGAGAUACCUUUUCAAACUCCAUGUGGCAAACACUUUGUCAAAUCUUGAGCAUCUGAAAGUUUAUGAUUGCGAUAAUAUGGAAGAACUCGUACAUAAUGGGACUGAGGGUAGUGGAAAAAAUACAAUUACGUUUCCCAAGCUGAAGUUUUUGUCUUUGUGUAGACUACCAAAGCUAUUGGGUUUAUGUCUUAAUGUCAACAUAAUUGAGCUACCAGAACUUGUGGAGUUGAAACUCGGCAGCAUGCCGGGUUUCACUAGCAUUUUUCCAAAGAACAAGUUGGAAACAUCUAGUUUGCUGAAGGAAGAGGUUGUGAUUCCUAAGUUGGAGACGCUCCAAAUUGAUUACAUGGAGAAUAUAAAGGAAAUAUGGCCUUGUGAACAUAGUAGAGGUGCAGAAGUUAAGUUGAGAGAGAUUGAGGUGAGAAAUUGUGAUAAGCUUGUGAAUCUAUUUCCGUACAAUCCCAUGUCUCUGCUGCAUCAUCUUGAAGAGCUUGAAGUCGAUAAUUGUGAUUCCAUUGAAUCCUUAUUCAUCAUCGACUUGGACAGUGCCGGUGAAAUUGGAGAAGAAAAGAACACCAGCAACUUAAGAAGCAUCAAAGUGUGGAAAUUAGGGAAGCUAAGAGAGGUAUGGAGGAUAAAAGGCGAAGACAACUCUUGUCCUCUCAUCGGUGGCUUUGAAGCUGUUGAAAGCAUAAAAAUUGAAAAAUGUGAGAUGUUUAGAAAUGUAUUCACACCUACCACAACCAAUUUUGAUCUGGGUGCACUUUUAGAGAUGGAUAUAAGGAAUUGCGGAGAAAACAAGGGAAAUGACUCGGAAGAGAGUAGAGAAGAGGAAAAUAGUAGAGAAGAGGAGGAGAGUAUAGAAGAGGAAGAGAGUAGAGAAGAGGAAGAGAGCAUAGAAGAGGAAGAGGAGGAGAGUAUAGAAGAGGAAGAGAGUAGAGAAGAGGAAGAGAGCAUAGAAGAGGAAGAGCAGAGUGAUAUUCUGUUAGAGGAAGAAACAUUACAAAAAGUCACUGAUAGCAUUGCUAAUGUUGUAUUUCCAUCCUCUAUCAUACACUCUUUUCAUAACCUCCAUCAACUUGCAUUGGAGAGGUAUGAAGGAGUGGAGGUGGUGUUUGAGAUAGAGAUUCCAACAAGUAGAGAAUUGGUAACAACUCACCAUAAGCAACAACCUAUACUUCCCAACCUCAAGAAUUUGAAUCUAAGUGAUAUGGACAACAUGAGUCAUGUGUGGAAGUGCAACCGAAAUUUUUUUUUCACUCUUCCAAAACAACAAUCAGAAUCACCAUUCCACAACCUCACAAACAUAUAUGUGGAGGACUGCAGAAGCAUUAAGUACUUGUUUUCACCUCUCAUGGCAGAACUUCUUUCCAACCUAAAGGAAGUCAAGAUAGAACAGUGUGAUGGUAUUGAAGAAGUUGUUUCAAAUAGAGAUGAUGGGGAUGAAGAAAAGACUACAUUUACAUCUACAUCUGCCCACACAAGCCCCAUCUUGUUCCCUCAGCUUGAUUCUCUCACUCUAAAACAACUGAAGAAUCUAAAACGUAUUGGUGGAGGUGGUGCCAAAGAUGGGAGCAAUGAAAUAUCUUCCAACAAUACCACUACAACUACCGCUUUCGUUAAUCAACUUAUGUUUUCUGAAGCAGAUAGUGUUUCUUGGAGAUUAUCCCAAUACUCUAGAGAGAUAAUAAUAAAAUACUGCCAUGCAUUGUCAUAUGUGAUUCCAUGUAAUGCAGCAGGACAAAUGCAAAAGCUUCAAGUAUUGAAAAUAAAGAAUUGCAAUGGGAUGAAGGAGGUAUUUGUUAGUCAAGAGAUGAACAGCAACAACAAGAGUAGUGGUGAAGAAGGUAAAGGUGGUACACCUGGAAUUCCAAGACUAAAUAAGGUUAUUAUGCUUCCCAAUCUGAAGAUAUUGGAAAUCGUAGGUUGUCCCUUUUUGAAACAUAUAUUCACAUUCUCUGCACUUGAAGGCCUGAGACAGCUUGAAGAGUUAACAAUAAAGGAUUGUGUGGCAAUGCAAGUAAUUGUGAAGAAGGAAGAAGAUGUAUCAUCGAAGGAGGUUGUGGUGUUUCCUCGUCUAAAGUCUAUUGCACUGGAAGAUCUUCCAAAGCUUCAAAUGCUGAAUAUACACUCUCGCAAUCUGAAGAUAUUGGAACUUAAAUAUUGUGAGAGUUUGGAACAUAUCUUCACAUUCUCUGCACAUGGAAGCCUGAGACAGCUCGAAGAGUUAACGAUAUCUGGUUGUGGGUCAAUGAAAGUGAUUUUGAAGGAAGAAGAAGAUCAAUCAUCAUCAUCAUCGAAGGAUGUUGUGGAGUUUCCUCAACUAAAGUCGGUUGAAAUACUAAAUCUACCAGAGCUGGAGGGUUUCUUCUUGGGGAUGAAUGAGUUCCGGUUGCCUUCAUUGGAUAAGGUUAAGAUCGAUAAUUGCCCCAAAAUGAUGGUGUUUGCACCUGGUGGGUCCACAACUCCCGAACUCAAGUAUAUACACACAAAAUUAGGCAAACAUUCUCUUGAAUGUGGCCUUAACUUUCAUGUUACACAUCAUCAGAGCCCAUUUCCCAACUCAUCCGGGAUGCCUUGGUCUUUUCAUAACUUGAUCGAAUUAGACGUGAAAUGGAAUUAUGUUAAAAAGAUUAUUCCAUCCAGUGAGUUGCUGCAACUGCAAAAGCUUGAAAAGAUUCAUGUCAAGCACUGUGAUUGGGCAAUUGAGGUAGUUGAGGCAUUGGAAGAAGCAGGGAGAAAUAGAAAUAGUAUUAGUGGACAUGGGUUUGAUGAAUCAUCACAAACUACUACUAUUGUCAGACUGCCAAACUUAACACAAGUGAAGUUAGAUAAUCUAGGUAGUCUGAGGAAUAUAUGGAAGAGCAAUCAAUGGACAACAUUUGAGUUUCCAAACCUAACAACACUUUAUAUAUAUAAAUGUGAUAGAUUAGGACAUGUUUUUAGUGGUUCCAUGGUUAGUAGUCUAUUGCAACUCCAAGAGCUACGUAUAACCGACUGUGACCUUUUGGUGGAUGUAAUUGUGAAAGAUGCAAGUGGUGUUGUAGAAGAGGAAUCUGAUGGCAAGUCGAAUGAGAUACUUGUGUUACCUCGUCUAAAGUCCAUAUCUCUUCAUUAUCUUCGAUGUUUUCAGGGGUUUAGCUUGGGGAAGGAGGAUUUUUCAUUCCCAUUAUUGGAUACUUUGCUAAUCAAGGAAUGUCCAACAAUACGGACUUUCACCAAGGGAAAUUUAGCUACUCCGAAGCUAAAAGAAAUAGAAACAAGAUUUGGAUCGUUUUAUGCAGGGGAAGACAUCAACUCCUUUAUAAAGAUCAAACAAAAGGAAUUCUCAGACGACUGGGACUAUGAUUAAUGUGAAGUAAAAAUUAAUGGUAAAUUCUAUUUUCAUGUUUCUUGAUUGUCAAACGUAUUGUAUUUUCAUUGUAUUUAGUGUGCCCAUUGUGUAUUGUAAGCCCACUUUGUAUUUAGCCCUUGUCAUUGUAGUUAUAUAUUUUGAUAAAAUACGAGAAAUCAUUAUG